AGACUUGAAUAGAAUACAUUAUAUACAUAUGAAGUGGGUAAAACAGUAUGUGAACAUUAUUCAUGUGACCAGUGUUCAAUGACUAUGUCCAUGGGGCAGCAGUCUCGAAGGUGCAGGGGAGAGUACCAGGUGGUAGCCUGGUAGUAGCAGUGACUAUGUCCAUGGGGCAGCAGUCUCGAAGGUGCAGGGGAGAGUACCAGGUGGUAGCCAGGUAGUAGCAGUGACUAUGUACAUGGGGCAGCAGUCUCGAAGCUGCAGGGGAGAGUACCAGGUGGUAGCCGGGUAGUAACAGUGACUAUGUCCAUGGGGCAGCAGUCUCGAAGCUGCAGGGGAGAGUACCAGGUGGUAGCCGGGUAGUAGCAGUGACUAUGUACAUGGGGCAGCAGUCUCGAAGCUGCAGGGGAGAGUACCAGGUGGUAGCCGGGUAGUAGCAGUGACUAUGUCCAUGGGGCAGCAGUCUCGAAGCUGCAGGGGAGAGUACCAGGUGGUAGCCGGGUAGUAGCAGUGACUAUGUCCAUGGGGCAGCAGUCUCGAAGCUGCAGGGGAGAGUACCAGGUGGUAGCCGGGUAGUAACAGUGACUAUGUCCAUGGGGCAGCAGUCUCGAAGCUGCAGGGGAGAGUACCAGGUGGUAGCCGGGUAGUAGCAGUGACUAUGUACAUGGGGCAGCAGUCUCGAAGCUGCAGGGGAGAGUACCAGGUGGUAGCCGGGUAGUAGCAGUGACUAUGUACAUGGGGCAGCAGUCUCGAAGCUGCAGGGGAGAGUACCAGGUGGUAGCCGGAUAGUAACAGUGACUAAGGCUAGUGGUGACUGUAUAACAGUCUGAAUACAUGUUUGUGCUUUCAUAUACAUUUGAUGAAUCAUCCUGCCGUUUUCAUACCAUAUCUCGUGGUUCACAAUUCAUUUUCUCUUCAUCCAAUUGCUUUCUCCCAACCAUUUCUCUCAUCCAACUGCUUUCUCCCAACCAUUUUGUCCCCCAUGGCUAUCAUUUGUCUGUAUGCCAAUCCCAUUGACAUGUUCAUCUCCAUGGUGAAUGGUGCCCCUCCAUCUCCUAUCCUCUCCACCGGGAUUCCUAACACAGCCAAGGCUGGCUACCAUACAUCCCAUAAAGCAAAGAGGACAGACGCGUUGCAGCCCUGUGACACAGAGUACCCUGGCUUCAUGUUAGACAACUCCAUCAAAGAGACCAACAGCCUCCUCAAAUGUGGACGCUGUCAGAAGAUGUUUGUGGUGCAGGCAGUCCCUGACAGUAACCUGGUGUUGAUGGUGGUUCAGGCGGACUGUGACUGCUCCCGGCAGUACUCCUCCAUCACCCUGGAGCCCAAAGAGGUCAAAUACAACGCAUCAGUCAAGUGUAACAGGAUGAAAUCUCAGAAAGUCCGGCGGCGCCCAAAGUCCUGCCAUGCCUACCAUCCUAAGGAAAAUGCCAAGGACUGUGGAGGAGCGUCAGAGAUCAGCCUAUCGGUGAUGCUCUUCUUGGCUUCCCUGGCUACCUCAUUGGCCCUGCGCAGAUGGACUUAACCAGGCUCCAUCUCUCUUAUGGCCUGUAGUUCUCCGAUGGACAUGAGAAUGUAGACUAAACAAUCUUAACAUUCCGUUUUGUACAUUUUCUAAAAGAACCUAUAACUACGUCAAUAACCUACUAACACAGUAGUUCAAGUCAACUCUGGAGUAACAAUAAAAGGGCUAUUUUCUUGUAAGACUCCUUUUCCCACACCGAUAGAGAAAGAAACUAACCAGUCCUAACAAAUGCCUCAAUUUCUUUUGUAUGAG